UCGUUAAACAGACCACAUAAAUUACCCGAAGGUUAUAAUUUGUCGUGAUUGAUAGCGACGCAAUGCUUAAUAGUUAGAGGGAUCAUCAGAGGAGGACGGAUUUAGAGUUGGGUAUAUGGAGACUACCGUGUUACAACGUAUAUACAGAAGACUACACUGGAACCAACAGUGGCUGCAAGGGAAAGCUUCCUACCAUGAGUGACUGUGAGUCUAGUAUUCUGGAGAGUAUUACAAAUUAACCGGUGUAAGGUUUCAACAAGAGACGCUUUGCGACGCAAGAACAAGCGGUGAAAUACAUUUGGUUUAGGUUUGGGGAAUGGCAGGCAGAAGCCGAAGGGCAUGGUUCAGUGUUCUUUUAGGGCUGGUUGUCGGGUUUACCUUGGCUUCCAGAUUAAUUUUGCCAAGGGCGACCGAAUUGAAGAAUGCUGGCCAAAAACGCAGGGCAAGCACGGGUGGCUGCGGGGUACACGGGGGACUGAAGAGGGAAUACGGCGGAGCUCUGAUGUGGCCACCCCAAGAUAACGGAAGGCUGGUAACAGAGAAACCAGUACCGAAGUCCAAGAAUUUCCUUUUUGUCGGCGUUAUGACUGCCCAAAAGUACCUGAACAACCGAGCAGUAGCAGCUUAUAGGACCUGGGCUCAGACAAUUCCAGGCAAGGUAGAGUUCUUCUCCAGUGAGGGCUCAGAUACAUCCAUCCCUAUCCCAAUCGUGGCCCUCCAGAAUGUGGACGACUCAUAUCCUCCCCAAAAGAAGUCUUUCAUGAUGCUCAAGUAUAUGCAUGACCACUACUUAGACCAAUUUGAAUGGUUCAUGCGAGCAGACGAUGAUGUCUACAUUAAGGGUGAUCGUUUGGAAAGUUUUCUGAGAAGUCUGAACAGUAGCGAGGCCAUUUUCCUUGGUCAGACGGGCAUGGGUGCCCGUGAUGAACUGGGUAAGCUGGCUCUGGAGCCAGGCGAAAACUUCUGCAUGGGAGGCCCAGGUGUCAUAAUGAGCCGUGAGGUGCUACGCAGGAUGGUACCUCACAUCCGCCAGUGCCUGCAGGAGAUGUACACCACCCAUGAGGACGUAGAAGUGGGCCGCUGUGUGCGUCGCUUCGCUGGAGUACAAUGUGUCUGGUCCUAUGAGAUGCAGCAGCUGUUCUAUGAGAACUAUGAGCCCAACAAGAAGGGUUAUAUCCGGGACCUCCACAACAGCAAGAUCCACCGUGCCAUCACUCUGCACCCCAACAAGAACCCACCGUACCAGUAUCGCCUACACAGUUACAUGCUCAGUCGCAAGAUCGCCGAACUGCGCCACCGCACCAUCCAGCUUCACCGCGAGAUUGUCCAGAUGAGUCGCUACGGCAACACUGAAGUGCGUAAGGAGGAUUUGCAGCUGGGUAUUCCACCCUCUUUCAUGCGGUUCCACCCUCACCAGAGGGAGGAGGUGUUGGAGUGGGAGUUCCUCACGGGGAAGUACAUCUUCUCCUCCACAGACGGGCAGCCUCCACGCAGGGGCAUAGACUCCUCGCAGAAAAUAGCGCUCGAUGACAUCAUCAUGCAGGUGAUGGAGAUGAUCAAUGCCAAUGCAAAGACUAGAGGGCGCGUCAUUGAUUUUAAGGAGAUCCAGUAUGGCUACCGUCGCGUCAACCCCAUGUAUGGGGCAGAAUACGUACUGGACUUGCUGCUCCUGUACAAGAAGCACAAAGGAAAGACCAUGACUGUGCCGGUGAGAAGACAUGCUUACCUGCAGCAAACCUUUAGCAAAAUUCAGUUCCUCGAGGAGGAGGAGAUGGAUGCCCAAGCAUUAGCCAACAGGAUCAACCAAGACUCCGACUCGCUGUCUUUCCUGUCCAACUCUCUCAAAAUGCUUGUGCCGUUUAAGCUCAGCGGUUCAGGAGCUGAGGAACACGAACCAAAAGAGAAGAAGAUCAACAUUUUGGUGCCGUUGGCCGGACGCUACAAUAUCUUUGUGCGCUUCAUGGCCAAUUUUGAGAAGAUCUGUCUCAUCCCUAACCAAAAUGUGAAGCUACUGAUUCUGUUAUUCAGCACGGACAAUAACACAGAGCGCGCCCGGCAGAUUGAGUUGAUGAGGGAAUACCAGACUAAGUACCCCAGAGCUGAGAUGGAGAUCAAACCCGUGUCUGGUCCGUUUUCCCGUGCCUUGGCGCUGGAGGUUGGCUCGGCACACUUCACCAAUGAGUCGUUACUUUUCUACUGUGACGUUGACUUGCUGUUUACGGCCGAUUUUUUGAAGCGGUGUCGCAGCAACACCAUAUUAGGCGAGCAGACAUACUUCCCAAUCAUAUUUAGCCAGUACGACCCUAAGGUUGUGUACGCGGGGAAAGUCCCCAGCGACAACCAUUAUGUGUUCACGUCUAAAACAGGCUUGUGGAGACAUUAUGGUUUUGGCAUAGUCUGCGUAUACAAAGGAGACUUGGUAAAAGCCGGCGGAUUCGACGUCUCCAUUCAAGGGUGGGGACUGGAGGAUGUUGACCUCUUUAACAAAUUUGUUCAGUCAGGGAUUAAACUGUUCAGAAGCACAGACACUGGUAUUGUACACGUUCACCACCCCGUCAUAUGUGACCCCAACUUAGAUCCAAAACAGUACAAAAUGUGCCUGGGCUCCAAAGCCUCAUCCCAUGGCUCCACGCAGCAGCUGGCUGAGCUCUGGCUGGAGAAGAAUGACCAAGGCUUCCGAAGGAUUGGUAGUUCUAAUAAUGGAUCAAUGAGGACAGCAUAAAGCCGGCUAGUCCGGACACGCGUGUCCUCUUCCUAAUGGUGUUUUUUAACUACCUAAUUUAUUUUUUACUGAAAAAAAAAAAAAAGACUCACGUGGAUAUAUUUUGAAAAGAACUGUCUU